AUGUUACUCGGUCCUUUAAACAAAAAUAAUGUUGCUUCUUCCUCCAAUUAUUACAAUUCUUUUGCAUUUCCAUAUACAACAACUGAAACAACAACAACACAACAACAACCUCCUGUAGCUCUCAUCAAUUUUAGAUUAUUGCUUCCUUUGUUGCCUUUUCCCUUGUUGUUGUUAGUUUUAUUAGUAAUUUUGCCUGGAAUUCGAGAACAACGAUUAAUUUCUUUGUUAGCUAUUGGAUCACAAUUGUGUGUUGGGACUUUACUUAUUGGUUGAUAUUUUUAAGGAUAAUUUU